AAACAAGGUUUGCCAACCCACUCCUCUAUUUGCCAAAAGAGAAAAACAACAAGGCAUACCAGAAGCAAAUGGCAAAGUCCUCUUCCAUUAUUCUCUUCUUGGCCUUCUGCUUGUUCUUCACAGCCGUGAUCAUCGAUGCAAGCAACGGCAGCGAUCACGGGUUGAGCUUUGUUCCGGCCAAGUCCCGUUGCCAGGGUUCCAUUGCAGAGUGCAUGGCUGAGGAUGAGUUUGACAUGGACUCUGAGAUCAACAGGCGUAUCUUGGCCACCACAAAGUACAUCAGCUAUGGAGCUCUACAGAGGAACACUGUGCCAUGCUCGCAAAGGGGUGCUUCCUACUACAACUGCAAGCCCGGGGCACAGGCUAACCCCUACAACCGUGGCUGCAGUGCCAUCACUCGCUGCCGUAGUUGAUGAAUGUAAAAUGUUACACAGAUGUGGUUUACCUUUGAAAUGUUCGAAAUAAGGGGGGUGAUCCCAGAUUUUGCUUUCACUUUACUGUAAGAUUUCUUGUUCAUGAAUCUGGUGUCCUUUCUGGUGUUUUAUCACUACAAGAUUAGAAGCAUUUAGCAUUUAGGGUGUCACAAAAGCUUCCCAGCAACCAAGAGCCAUCCCAUUCCCAUCAGUUCAAAUUACACACAACAGUUUAGUGUUAAACGCUUCUG